AAAGAUGAGAAUUCGAAAUAGCCGGUCAAAUUUCUCUCAGAUGACUCCACCUGACACCACACCUGCGGCUGCUCAUCUUCGCUCACAACAUGGUUCAGAUGAUUGCUUUGUAGUUGAAGAAGAGAAUUGGCGCAUUGGAUGGUCCGGCUAUACAAAAAAAGAAUUCCCUGCUCAAGUUUCUAGUAAGGAUCAAUUGCAUGAUGAGUUGGAGGCAGCAAGCAGUACAGAAAUUGGGCCUUUGAACUGUCUUGAUAAGGGGAAAGAUGCGAAACAUUUCAUGCAAGUGAAUACAAAUCCGGUCUCAGAAGGGCAGAGCGAAGGAAAAGCAGAUAAAGGGAAACAAUUUACUGCAUGUGCUGGUUCUCAGGGGGGUGGAGAAGGCGUAACUUCUCCAGUUACAGCUGUGAUCACGCAUCCUUUUUCUUUUUCUUACCUAGGUAACAAACUUCCGUUUAAGAAAAGAAGACCUUAUAACUACACAGAGACUGAAGUAGAGAUGGAAAGAGAGAAAGUAGAAGAUGGCUUGCUAGAAGUAAAAGUGGAAGAUGCGGUAAUGGAAGCAAAAGAAAGAUGGGUGCUUGUAGAAGUUGAAAUGGAAAAUCAGUUAGCAGAAGUUAAGGAAGAUGGGCCAAAAGAAGUGGAGGCUGACGAUGCAACAGCUGACAAGAAAAAUGAAUCACUCGAGGAGGGGGAACUGAGAGAGGAAACUGAGGAGGAGACAAAAAAAAUGGGUGGGCUUGAACUCUUCAAUGAAGAUGAAGAUUUCCAGAGGACUCGGAGCAUUAUCCGCACUGUUACCUGUGGGUUGUAUGUACCUCAUCUGGCCAUUGAUGAGAACCAGCAGGACAGCAAAAAAGAAGAACUUGGUCUAGAAGAGACAGCAGGUGAACCAAAUGAGAAGCCAAGAAGGGGAAGGAAGAGGCGCAGAUCUGGUGCUAGCUCUAGCAGCGAUGAGCCUCGUAUGGGAAGGCGGGAACUAAAGAGAGGAAGGCCAAAGAGGAUGCAAGAUCCAAUUGAGGCAAAUCAAGGGUGUGUAGAUAUUGCCAUAAGAAGAGGUCGCUCCAAGGGGGAUACAGAGGCAUCAUUUCAUUCAUACAAUAGGUACCCAAGAAGAGGUCGUUCCAAGAACGACACAGAGGAGUCCUUUUCUUCAAAAAAAAGGAAGCCAAGAAGGGGUCGCUCCAAGAGGAGCACAGAGGAAUCACCUCAUUCAAACAGUAGGUACUCUCUUGAUGCAGAGGAGUCGUCUUCUUCAAACAAUAGGAAGACAAGAAGGGGUCACCCAAGGAGGAGCACAGAGGAAUCACCUGAUUCAAACAAUAGGAUGCUGAAAUGCCAAAGCCUAAGAGGGGGAGGCCAAAGGGGGUGAAGGAUUAACCAGCCAGCCAGUUAAAGUAAAGCAUAGAGACUCCGAUGUCUUAUAUCAUUGUAAGACUUUGGUAGAGUUUCUCUUGUAAUAAAUGACUCCAUAGUCUGCAAGUAUAUUUCUAUGCCUUAAAACUUUUAGGAUUUAUGUUUUAUGGUCUAUAACAGAAGAGACCAAAGUGAAAGCUGAAAACUUGUAUUUGUAGUGCGUAUUUACCAAUGUGUCAAUGCAAUAGGCUAUUAUCAUUAUAUCUCUAUCCUGAUUAAAAAAGUAACAAAAUAUUGUUGGUGGGAAUUUAAUGCAUCACCUUCAGUUUCGUUUUGUUAUAAUUGACAGAUUGUGCCUCACAUUUUUCAGUUUCAUUUGUAUACCUGUGACCUAUGAUACAUGGUAGGCAUAGAUCAAAACAAUGUUUUUGAGUAUAUCGGGAUAUUCAUAUAACCAAAAAAACAAAAAACAAAAAAAAAAACUGCUAUAUUUUUUAUAUCCUGAAUAUAUUCAAGAACAUUUUUUUUCCCAAAAAAUUAGUGUCAUGUCAGUUAUAUAUCCAUGCACAUUUUUUCCAGCAAAAGCAUUACUAAUCGACAGGUCUUCUUUGUGUAAGCAAUCUCGUGUUUACCUGUAUGGCCAAUUUAGGCAUCAAAAUUGUUUAGUUUUGCUGCAUUGAACUCUUGUAUGACUUGUCCCUUGUUUUCUGCGUAGACAUUUUCAUUGAAACAGCCUGAUUUUCUUACAGGGAAGUUACAUGCUAUCCUUAUUAGGUUACCUAAUAUGUAGAAUUGCCAUUUCAUAUGAAAUUUAUGACUAUAUGUGCUAGGAUUUUCUUCUAUGUUCUCAAUGGAAAUUAGAAAUAUCAAAAUUUAAUGACAUCUAGUCUCACAUUUAACUUUUACUCUUUUACUCUUUAUGGGUUGAGGGGCAUCGUGUGACCUAGUAAGGUGAGAGCCAGGCGUCAGACCAUCCACCAGGUGUAAGUCAUGGAGAAAUUUUAGCUUAAAAUGCAGUCUAAUAAGUCUAAUCUUUCUGUUUCUUUCUGUCUGUACGUGAGUUUCUAGGUUUUUCCCUUUUACUCAUCUCUUGCUAGACAUUGAUUUUUCCUUCAGAUUCAUUAGUUCAAACAACGAUCUUUUAGGAAUUGAGUGUAUACAACGAGAUCAUAUUUUGUUACUCUUGGAUAAUUUUGAAAAUGAGAAUCAGGGGCAGACGGAUCGUCAAACCACCUCCUCCUCUAACUAGCUCAGUUGGUUCAUCAGAAGAUCCUCCAGCACAGCAAGAUGAGCAAGAGGUUUCAUCAUUGCCCUUCAAUGGUGCGAUUUUUCUGUCCUACCAAGGAUAUCUGCAUGAUCAGUCCCUUAAAGAGGUAAAGAGGGGUUCAGGAUGUGCAAAUCUGUUGCGAUUUUAAGUUAUUUUUAUGUUAAUUGAAUAAACCAAACAUCGAAUCAUAGGUAAAGAGAGGAUUCAGGAUGUGAAAAUCCGUUGUGAUUUAAAUUUAGUGUAUGUUAAUUGAAUAAACCAAACAUCAAAUCACAGGUAAAGAAGGAUUCAGGAUGUGCGAACCAUUGCGAUUUUAAGUUCUUUUUAUGUUAAUUGUUUUCUACUACCUCCUACUGCCUCUCCAAUUUUAUUCACUGGUUCUACAAUUCAUUGUUCUUUGGAAUCUCAGAUCUAGGUAUAACUUAAAAUUCUAAAUCAAAAUCCACUCAGUUUGUUGUUAUCAUGCAACAAAUUCUGCUCCACAAUCCCAGAUCUAGGUAUCCUUGCCUGCAUCUUCAGAUCCAGGCAACGCUAUAUUUUCUGAAGUUCGGGCUGGUGUAACACCCGUAGUCUCAUCUGUUUUUUGUUGCUAUGCACUAAUUCUGUUCCACAAUCUUUUUUAUAGAACACAGCAGGAUGCGUAUCUGAAGAUAAGGUGAUCUCAGAUUCCUGUGCUGCUCAAGGGUAAGUUAUUUUCUUAAUGUAAUUAUGUGGAUUAAUUGAGCAGGGCGACGUCACCAUGGUUUGUAGGCUUGAAGUUGACAGGAGACACAGUAUCGUCAUCUUUCAUGUGUCCAUCUGAUUUAAUAAAAGGGGGUCAUCUCUACUCAAUGUGUUUCAUAAAACAUCAAAAUAAGGUUCCCGCGUACUCCUGCAGUAUGCGCCUACAAUUUAAAUUGCAUAAGUAGUAAAUUCAAACUGAUACUUUGAAGGAAACUAGUUGUUUUAUCAUGAUUGUGAGAACAUUUGAAUGACUGUGUACACAUUGUUAAAUGGAUUUCCUUUUUGGUGAUCAUGAAGGAGGGGAAACAUCUCCAAUGCAGCUGUGCCUGCCCGACAGAAUGUAAUCGUAAUAUCUUCUGAUGAUGGUACGCCUUUUUCACUUUCUUUAAAGAGUUCAAAUAAUGGUUAUCAGGAAAUUAAUAAAUUUUGUAUCAAGCACUAUAGAUAUAGAGUAUGCUUUUGGGAACAUCUUUGUACAAAAUUCUCAAUGCAGAGAGGAUUAAUGACUGGUAAACUACGUGAACUUGUCUGCGUCAUUUAGUAGCAUUAUAAAGAUGUGAUAAUUCUUCAGAAUAUUGAAAAGAAAUUCUUCUGAUUAUCGAAAACUGUUUUUUUUUUUUUUUUUUCUUUCUUUCUCUAAAACCCUUCAAAGCAUCAGUUAGCUCCUCCAAAGAAUAGCCUACCCGCUAUCAGUACUAUUUUUAGCAUUCCUUUUUAGGAUAUUCUCAAAAUGCAACAGCCAAAAAGAAAGCCAUGUCGUUGGGAAACUUCCACAACCCGCCACAAACCAGCGUAUAUAUGUUACAAUGGUGAUUUGCAAGUCAGGUUAGAUACAGAUUCCCUUAGCUCCCAAAGUAAAAGAAGCAUGGAAAUAAGGGUCAGAUAUGAUAUCUUAUUCAAUGGAUGAACUUAAUCAAGAAAACACAUUUUAUUGAUAUUUAUGCCUUUUCCCAACGUAUCGUUUCUUUUCUAAUAACUUCUGCAGAUCGUUUUGUUGUUAUAAGAUACUGUAUCUAUGAUGUACUUUGCUUAGUCUUGAGGAGGAAGAUUAUUGGUGUUGGCUUGCUUUGUACUUCAUGACGUUCACGUAUUAUAAUACCAUCGCAACAUUUUCAUAUAUUGAAUUGAUUUUGCGGAUCAAAUAUGCAUAUUACCAGACUACUUAGUGUCUUUGCUAAUAAUAAUGAUGCAUAUAGACGGUCCGCCUAUUCUUCUUCUAGAGUUUUGUUCUUGCUUUAUUAUGUGUCAUCCACUCGAAACUUAUUUAAGAAGUAAAUACUUUAGCUUCUUGUGAUCUGAUUCUCAAAGGCCGCGAGAUGUGAAAUUGCAAGAAAAUUAGCCAAGUGUUUGUUAUUAUUAGGUUCUGUUUCAUCAUAUGCCGUUUCUUAUUGGAUUCUUAAUUUAUUAACAUGGAAAAGCAGAUGAACCUGGACUGAGGAGCGAGAAGGUAGACCCGGAUGAAGUCACCAGCAGAAGGAUUCGCAGGAGAAUAGACAGCAGGGAUGUCAAUAUGGGAAGAUCUAACUGCGCACGCAAUGAGAUGACUCAGGCGGGACAUGCACGUGUACGCACCUCAGGUGUGGCAAGAGCUAGGGGCAUGCACAGCCUUAUGCGCAACCUGAACCUAAUGCCUUCUCGUCCCAGAUUUGAAGAGGAGCUCAUUAAGAACGUUAAUGGUGAGGCAAAGAAUGCACAAAGGAAAAGGUUCAGGCUUCUAAGCGAAUUCUAUGGUGUUUAGAAAAAGCUUGAGGCAGUGAGGAAGCUCAUUUGGAAUAGAGCAAUGGUUUUCUGAGUUGCAUGUUUUUCCGUUUCCUAGUGUUGUUGUUUUCGUCUUAGUUUUUUGAGGAGGUUUGGGCUGUUAAAAUAAAACAAUGAUUUCUCUGAGUUUCAUGUUUUUCGGUUUCGUAGUGUCAUCGUUUGUCUGAGAUUUGUUAAAAUUUGGUUUUCUGAUUUGGACUUGAAUUUCAUACCAUUAUUCUAUGCACGAGUGUUCAAUCUUGA